AUGAACAAGGAUACCUUAUUUCGAUUUUUUAUUAAUGAAAUUGAUUAUAGUCAAAUAAACAAUCCAGAAUGUUUGAAUGAUGUAGAAUAUUUGGAUUUGCACACUUCAUCACCAGUGACCUAUUCCAAAUUAUCAGCUAUAUUAACUACCUAUUAUCCAAAGGUUAGAUCACUUGAAAUCAGUGACUUUGAAAUAGUUGAUAAUGAUGAUAAUAAUUCCAAUGCUCUAAUAACAAGAGAAAGAAAGUUACAUUACGUCGAAUUUGUGGAUUUAUCUUAUUCAACUAAUGUGGCAUGGAAGAAUUUUCAUAAGAUCCUAGGAUUAAUGCCAAAUAUAAAUAGUUUAUGUAUUGGAAUAUCGAACUUAGGUAUUAGAGCAUCAGAUUUCUCUGGUUCUCUAGCUGUGCUUUGUAAUACACAAGCACUUCGCACCAAGAUUACAUGUUUACAAUUAAUUUUAGACUUUACAAAAGUAAAUUUAAGUAAAAUUUUCAUUUAUUUCGAUAAAUUAGAACAUUUACGGUUACAUUUCAUCAAAUAUGAUUACGAUGACGAUACAACAACAAAAUUACAAUAUGAUGAAAAUACUUUAGACUCAUUCUGCUUUGAACUUAUGGAAAAUAAAACAUUAUUAUCAGUCGAUAUUAUAAUACUGAAAUAA